AUGGUCGCCUUCUACUUCCGCGCCCCAGUGAAGGCCUUCUUCCGCGGUCGGAUCGACUACAUGGGCUAUGCGCGAGCCAUCAACCCCCACAUCUCCGCCGACGCACGCUGGAGCUGGAGGAUGACGACGCCUGCCGUGCUCGCCCACGCCAUACGUACCGAAGGCUGGGGCUUCGUACCCAACCAGGUGCUACCGCCUCUGCUCGCGAACACCUGCAUAGGCGCCGUGCUCUACACUGCCUACCUGCACAGUCUGUCGAGCCUCCACGGACCCUCGUCCUACCAGACAAAACGCGUCUACCCACCCCCGCCUCCCUCGACCACAUUCACCGCUGGGCUUGUAGCCGGCGCCUUCCAAUCCGUCGUCGCUGCGCCCUUCGACGCCCUGCAGACCCGCUUCCGCACCGCCGACAUCCUCGAUGGGAAGUACAAAACCAUGUGGCACUACGCCGGGCACAAGUUGCGCUCCAUCGGCCUGCAAGGCAUAUUCGCCGGCUGGUCGCUGUCGCUGUGCAAAGACGCGCUCGGCGCCGCCGUGUUCUUCAGCGCCUUCGAAACUGUCAAGAGCCAGGGCUACUACCACUUCGUCACCUGGCACUACGGCUCCCGGACGCGCGAUUCCAUCCUCGAUACCCAGCCGUUGACCGUCGACGCGUACCACGACUACGAUGCCCGGCCGGUCAUCAAACCGCACUUUGCGCUCGAACCGUCGUUCUUGCUCCUCGCCGGCAUCAGCGCGGGCGUCACUUCGCAGAUCAUACAACACCCCUUGACCGAGAUCCAGGAUGUGCACUACCGCCGUCUUGAGGCGCUGGAUUUCCAGGCCCAUGAGGAGAGUAGGCCCGGGCAGAUCAUGCGGCGCUACUACCACGCGUACGAGCAGACGUUUGCGCAGUGCAAGACAUUGGCCAAGAGAGCGGGCGGGUGGCGGAAGUAUCUGUACAAGGACUUCUGGGGGGCUACGAUUAGGCAGGUGCCCAGCACGAGCGCAGGGCUCAUCGUCUUCGAGCUCGUGCGGCGGAAAUACAGUUUUGAGAAUGACGAGGAUGUGACUAUCGAUCGGGCGCAUGAGAAGAUCCUGCUAAGGUGA